UAGAACUCAGUUUACUGCCAACUAUGAAGAACUUAGUUGUUUAUGUGAUUUCUUUAUUUUGCCUUAUUGGAAUCUGCCAAGCUGCUAUUCCUUCUGUAAAAUGCAGGCAGGAUUUCGAGGCUAAAAAACUACCUGAAGAAUGUAUCCUUUACUGUGAGUACGAAGCUUACGGAUUUACAAAUUUGAAAUAUAACAUCAAGCCGAAACACAUCGAUAAAUUCCUGGCAGUUCUAACGAAAUAUAAAGUCGUGAACGGAGAAAAUAGAAAGGAAUUUGAGAAGGUUUUCAAAAAAUGCGCAGAUUUAGCUUUAGCAAAAUAUUCUACCCGAAAUUGUGAAACAAUUAACUACUACUAUACAUGCAUUACGUAUGCAACGGAUGACGAUUUGAUAAUUGAUGGAAAAUUCCAAAAUGCCAUUGACGCGUAUGAUAAGACUGUCAAAGCAUAAAUUGUGAAUGAUGUUUACUUAAAACUACAGAAACGUAUAUUAAAGUGCAUGAAAAAACUUGAAACUUGUUAUUUUAGUUGGUAAUUCAGGGAAAAGUCUCAGCCAGCUGAAGGCUUGCCGGAUUUCGAGAGGAAGUGCAAAUCACCGCCCGAUAAAGAGAUAAAAUUGAAGGAACACUUAGAGACUUGAGCAAAGAAAGUAAAUAAAAUAAAAGAUGAGAAAAUUCGUAAUAAUUGUAGGACAAUCACCAGAUAUUAUAGAAGCAUUGUUAGAGAUACAACACUUAUUGCAUUUGACAAAAUAUGCAAAUGCUAUUAUUGCUCAUGAUAAAACGUUUGAUAUAAAAAUGAUGUACAAAAUUGUUGGGAACACCUAACUAUAUCUGAAGAAUAAAUAAAGUCUAAAUCAAGAAAUUUAUA